AGUAAACGGAAUCAAGAACGACCAGCGGCCAAUAAUAAUUUCAACGUUUUUGUUAUUUAUACGGUAUUAGGCGUUAUUAACCCUGGAACUCAAAAUAUGACGGGCCUUGUUUGAUAGAUGUUAUCUAGGUAACGCUAGCUAUCUGUUAACAAUGGCUAACUGUGUGGUUUUUCACACUCAAAUAGCCUCCGUUAUGGAGGUGCUAGCGAAUGCAGCCGUGGCAGAGAUCUGUAAACUCGUAGAUGACGACUAUGCAGUGUUACAAUUGGAAAUAACUCAAAGCCAGAAAGAAAACAGGACAUUGCGGAGGAAACUACAGCUAUUGGAACUAAAGGUGGCACGGGAUCGCGCAGAGAGGACAAUGCGAGAGCGCGUCGUCGCCAGUCGCCCCAGUAGUGUCAAGAUCCUCGACCAAUACAGAGAGAUGGCAAGAGGACAUCUCACUGGAGGCCACAGGAGCUUUGUGAAGCCAAUGAGCGACAAUACAUGGAGACAUGACCAACCAGUCACUGUUGAUGAGGGGAGUGGAACCUCAACCCAGCACAUGGUGAUAGAGUCUGCAGAUACAGAGGCUGCAGGUCCUGGAGGAUCGUCUCUGGUAAAGCAGGAGAGGACUGAAGGAGACCCACAACAAAUCAGAAACAUCCAGACUGGAGUAGCGGCUGGAGUGGCGCCCCCUGUGGCCACAAAGGACCUCACCUCCUCGCCCCAGCCCAGGGCAAAACGCAACAUCACAGAGAACAGUGGAACAAUGAACGAGGUCCUCAAGUCAGAGACAGACACAGAGACUUCAAUUGUAACACAAAGGCUUUUACAUACAGGAUCUGUCCUCAGGUCAGACCCAGAGGGGCUGGAGCCACUGGGCUGUCCUCCUGCUCCCGGCUCAGAGUAUUUACUUUACGGUACCCUGAGCCCAAGGACAGUUCAUUCCCAACGGGACUCAUGUGACGCAUUAGAGACUGGCAAUGAUCCGUCUUGUUCCUACACUACAGAGAUCGAGCCUGGCAACAUAUCCUUGGGUUUAGAGACACAGAAUGAUCUGUCUAGAGGGAACUUGAACCAGUACAGUAGUAGUGUAUACACUGAAGGGUGCCUAGAUAAGAAAGGGGGGGUUAUAGUCGUAGAUGAAGUGACUGUGAAAGUGGAGGGCGAUGCUCCUCCCACAUGGAAUGUAGAUUGUCAUCUAGGAGACAGACACUCACAGGGCAGAGAUUUGUUAGAUUACAGGGGAAGCUUAGGGACAAAUCUAAAUGUGGCCACCCACUCCCCUUUACACGCGUUCAGGGAUCGUGAACCAGUGUCCACGACAAUGGGGCCUUCCGAUUCACACAGCAGCAUCCUUUUCGAUCAGGUAUUGAACUCAAAGGGCCAAAAGGCCAAGGCUCAGGCAGUGGGAGCAACAUCAGACAAUAGUAAUGAGAAACAAUUCCUCUGCUUGUUCUGUAACAAAGGCUUCAGCUGCCUCCAGAAGUUGGAGAUCCACAAGAGGGUCCACACAGGGAUUAAACCCUUCAGCUGUACCCAGUGUCACAUGCGCUUUGCACACUCGUCCAGCCUUAAGAGGCACCAGAGGGUCCACACAGGGGAGAAACCCUACAGCUGUACCCAGUGUCACAUGCGCUUCGCCCAGGCUAGCAACCUGAAGAUACACCUGAAGGUCCACAUGAGAGAGAGGCCGAUCGCCUGUAUGGACUGCGGGAAGAGGUUCUCCGAUAGGUGCUACCUCAUGAUACACCAGCAGAAAAACCAUUCCACUCUAUAACAUGAAAGAAAGUAAGCUUUGGGGGGGGG